AUGUCAUUCCGCCGGGCGCUGGCGCUGGCCGCCUGCGGGCUGGCCGGCGGCUCCGUGCUCUUCUCGGCCGUGGGCGUGGGCAAGCAGCCGGCCCAUGGCGCCGGGGGCGACGCUGAGACCCGGUCGGCGGGAGCAGCCCCCGCCGCCCCCGGGCUGCUGCUGCUGCCGCCCCCCGCCUCCUGCCCCGCAGCGCCGGGCUGGGUGGAGCGACCCGCCGGCGGGGGCGGCUACUGGGACAGCAACUGGGACAGACGUGAACCACUGGCUCUUAUCAACCGGAAAAAGAAAAAUGAAGAGACUGGGGAAGAAGAGCUUGCUUCCCGCCUAGAUCACUGCAAAGCAAAAGCUACCAGACACAUAUUCCUUAUCCGCCAUUCUCAGUACAACUUGGAUGGUCGGAUUGAUAAAGACAGAAUUCUGACCCAGCUGGGUCGUGAGCAGGCAGAGCUGACUGGGCGCAGGCUGGCAAGUUUGGGGUUGAAAUUUGAUACAAUUAUCCACUCCUCUAUGACCAGAGCAACGGAAACAACCGACAUCAUCAGCAAGCAUCUUCCAGGGGUCAAAAAAGUUAGUACUGACCUGCUAAGAGAGGGAGCACCUAUAGAACCAGUCCCUCCAGUAUCUCACUGGAAACCAGAAGCUGUGCAGUAUUAUGAAGAUGGGGCUCGUAUUGAGGCUGCUUUCCGAAACUAUAUUCAUAGGGCUGAUGCAAAGCAGGAAGAGGACAGCUAUGAGAUUUUUGUUUGCCAUGCCAAUGUGAUCCGCUACAUAGUUUGCAGAGCAUUACAGUUCCCCCCGGAAGGCUGGCUUCGGAUGUCCCUUAAUAAUGGCAGUAUAACCCACUUGGUGAUCCGUCCUAGUGGAAGAGUGGCACUUAGAACACUUGGAGACACAGGAUUCAUGCCUCCAGAUAAAAUCACACGCACCUGAGUCUGUGCAGGUGAUGGCCAUGUGGGAGCUGCUUCUAGUCUCGCUGCACUAGUACAUCCAACUACUGUACCACUAAAUUUCUAUUUGUAAUAUCAGGGUAUGAUGCUGUUUUAAAAUUGUACUUUAAUCUCCUUUGCAUACUCAUGUCUGCUUUUCAGUCCAAAAAAGACAACUUUGCAUUUCUUCAGAGUUCUAUGGACUUUACUUGUAUCACUUCCUAAAAUGAAGAGUGACACCUCCCCGCUCUGAGAUGUGGAGUACGAAAAGACUGCUGAAAGGAUAUUUGUGCUCAACCAUUGGAGAGCACCACUUGCUUGUAAAGUAAAAAUUACUCUUCCUGUUGAGCUUUUAGUGAACUGAUUCCUAUGCUAUAGAGGGGUAUGACUACUAGUGCUUUCCCCGGUUGAAGUUAUGUAUGUGUUUAGCAGACACAGGGCAUACUGAAAUGAGGAGAGAAGUAUAGAGCUGUGGUGUUAGGUUAGAGUGUGACUUUAAUGCUCCCUGCUUUGGAAGUUCAUUCCCCUAUUCUGAAAAAUACUCCUAGCAACAGUGACGGAGGAGCUCCAGAAGGAAAGUAAAUGUUAAGACAGACUUUCUUCAUAAGCCAGUUUUAUAAUACUACCUUGUCCUUAUGGCUGAAUGGGGCUUGUGGCAGUGAUCGACUGGUCAGUUAGCAGAGGACUCUGCAGUAUAGGUAGUGCUUGUCUUAUGCAGAUAAGCUUUGAGAACAAACAAGCAGUCUGUCUCCACUGACUUUCACAUUACCCUGGACUAAGCUUGUCAAAGUACCUAACUCACUACUUGAUGCGAUUAAUUCCUAUAUACCUUUUUACACUCCAACCAUGAGUGCUCAGUUUGGGCAAAAUUCUUGUGCUAUAUUAAUUUUUAUAGCAAACUAGUAUGAUGGUGAAAGAGCAAAUAAGAGUAUGGGAAGUUAGUUCUAGUCAGGUGAGAACAAGGUUCAUGCUCAUAACUGGACAUUUUACAACAUAAGCUUUUCUUGAAGAAAAUGCUAGGUACUCACCUCUGCCAUGGCAGAGCUAAUAUGAAAUUUUAAUCAUGAGAAACAGUGCCUAGCAACCUGUGCAGUUGAAACCAUGAACUCUUUCCACGCUGUUUAAGCCAUCUGGCUCUUGCAGUUGGAGCCGUUUAGUGAAACAGGUUACUAAAGAACAUAAAACUUUGUAUAUGAAAAGGGGUAUGUGGGGGGGAUGGUCUUCAAGAAAUUGGAAUAAU